GUGGGCACCAGUCCCCUCACCAGCCAGCCCGCCUGCCUGCCCGCCCUGUGGUCCGGUCUCGGCGCCCAAGCGGAACCAGCUCCCUGCUCUGCCCCGGCUGCAGGCAAACGGCGAACAGGCUUGCGCGAGCCCAAAGAGGCGCAGGCCAGCUCUGGUUCCCCUCAGGUCUGCGUGACUGUUGUUCCCAGCACUCUUGGAGGCCUGGAAAGCAGGAGCAACCUGUCCAGAAUCCCCACAGGAAAAGAGGAAAUCUCAACAUGGAAAAACUCUACAAUGAAAAUGAAGGAAUGCCUUCCAACCAAGGAAAGAUGGGAGAUGAAGAACCGCCACAGGAUGAGGGAAAGUCAGAAAUAGCUUGUUCUCUGGAAGAAAAGGAGAAAUUAGAAAAGGAGAGGAAGACAGAAAACAAGGGAAAGACAGAAGAUGAGGAAAUGUUAAAGGAUAAGGAAAAGUCAGCUAGUGAGGAAAAGGCAAAAGAAGAAGGAAAGCUGGAGAGUGAGAAAAAGCCAGAGAGUGAGGGGAAGUCAGAGAGGAAGGGAGAACCAGAGAGUGAGGGAGAACCAGAGAGUGAAUCAAGGGCUGCAGGAAAGCGCUCAGCUGAGGAUGAUGUACCCAGGAAAGCCAAAAGAAAAACCAAUAAGGGGCUGGCUUAUUACCUCAAAGAAUAUAAAGAGGCCAUACACGAUAUGAAUUUCAGUAAUGAGGAUAUGAUAAGAGAAUUUGACAACAUGGCUAAGGUGGAAGAUAAGAGGAGAAAAAGCAAACAGAAGUUGGGGGCAUUUUUGUGGAUGCAAAGGAAUUUACAGGACCCCUUCUACCCCAGAGGCCCAAGGGAAUUCAGGGGUGGCUGCAGGGCUCCACGAAGGGACACUGAAGACAUUCCUUAUGUAUAGUUUCCCUGGUAAGCAUUUUCCAGGCCCUGGGUUUCAGCCUUAUGCUAAUACUUUGCUUUAAGCAUUUCUCCUCUUACCAGCAGCCUUUUGACUCAACUGCAGUGCUUGUUCCAUGCUUCAGUAGAUGCUUUUCACCCGUGUGCAUUACAAAGACAUUAUGAUUCUUGGAAAAAUAAAGCAACUUAUAAUAUCA